AUGUCGAUACUCAAGUGGGCUGUGAUUUUCCUGGCAGUUUUGAGCUACACUCUUGCGUUGGGCACGCAAACUCCGAUAGAAAACUAUCCCAGCGUCGUGCAAGUGGAGCACUAUAGCGGUGGGUUCUGGCUGCAGCAGUGCGUGGGCAGUAUAGUCACCAAGUACCACGUCUUGACUGCCGCCUCUUGCCUCAGGAUCGCUCUCAGAAAUUAUCGAGUCCGAGCCGGUUCUUCAGUCCGAGGUGUUGGUGGUUUCACCACAGACAUCAGACACGUCAUUCACCACCCGAGCAAUAACUUCAGAGGCGACGUCGGCGACAUCGGACUAAUACGCGUGAGAUGGGAACUUUCCUUAGGACCAACAAUUGCACAGACCCAUUUCAUGCCUGAGGGAUUCCUCUUGCCUCAUAAUGUACCACUGCUAAUUGUCGGUUGGGGAUCUACCACUGGCGGGACAGUCAUUAACGACAACCUCUAUAGCCUACUACUCCAAACCAAGAAGUUUGACGCUUGCGAGAAAGCCUACAAAACCUUCCCGGGAACUCGACCCGGUAACGUGUCUACACACAUGAUCUGUACUGGCCUUAGUACUUCUGGGGGGCGUGAUUUUGACGCCAUCGAUACUGGAGCUCCUCUUUUUUUCGGUAACACUGUAGUUGGUGUUGCAUCAUUCGGCGUCUCCAAAGGUAAUGAUGAGAUGCCUAUUGUCGCUACAGAGAUCUCUUACUACACCGGGUGGAUCAUAACUACUGCCGUGUAG